AUAGCACGGAGAAAGAAGAAAUUAAGCACUCUCGUUUCUUAAGCAGUAAGAUGUAUAUCUUAGUUUUGCAGUUGUACACGUUGUAGCACAAGCACCCUUUCAUCUGGAGAGAGAGCUUUUGUCUUAGGAGUACAAAAAGAUCGCGCGCUCCCCACAGUCUGCAGUGAAAAAUGAAGUUUGGUAAGAGAUUAAAGUGGCAGAUAGAAGAAACGCUGCCCGAUUGGAGGGACAAGUUUCUUUCUUACAAGGAUUUGAAGAAGAGGGUGAGGUUGAUGUCUUCCUCCAUGGAGGAGGAAGCUGCGGGGUCGUCUUCUUUGACGGCAUCCGACAUGGUGUCGAAUAAACUCUCGACAGAGGAGGAAGAGUUUAUCUUGCUGUUGAAUGCAGAGAUCGAUAAGUUCAACGCCUUCUUCAUGGAGCGGGAGGAAGAGUUUGUAAUAAGGCAGAAGGAGUUGCAGGAAAGAAUUCAGAGUGUGAUUGCUACGUUGGGACCAAAUGGGAGCAGGCCUUCAGAGGCCGACUUCAAAGAGGAGAUGGGAAAGUUGAGAAAGGAGAUGGUUAAUUUUCAUGGGGAGAUGGUGCUUUUGGAAAACUACAGCAAUCUCAAUUAUACAGGCAUCGCCAAGAUCUUAAAGAAGUACGACAAAAGAACAGGUGCUUUGUUGCGGUUACCCUUCAUCCAAAAGGUUCUACAGCAGCCAUUCUUCACCACCGACCUGCUCUCCAAACUGAUCAAGGAGUGUGAGAACACAAUGCACUUCGUGUUCCCAGGCGAGGGACAACAGAAAGGAGGGAAAAUUGCAGAAAUGGCAGCAGCAGAAGACAACAUAUUCAGAAACACAGUCGCUGCUUUAGUGACGAUGAGAGAAAUUAGAAGUGGUAGCUCUACUUACAGUCAGUUUUCACUUCCCCCGUUGCACCUUGGUGAGUUUCCAGAACAAAGUGAAAAGCUACUAUCACUUGUUCCAAUCAUGUGAUGACAUAUUAUUAUAUGUUAUGUGAACUGAAAAGCCAUUAAUGGCUAUCGUGAUCUAACUGUUGAUGGCUGAGAGCUAUAUAUCUAUAGUUUAGUUGGUGACGUUAAAGUAGGGCCAUACUUUUCUUCCUUUCUUUUCGAGUGAUUCACAAAGAGAUGCUCAAUCUAUGGGUUACACUGCAGAAAUCUAAUAUAUU